UAAAGGCAGUGUGCAGUCUCAGUCCAGCGCAUCACUCCGCUCAGGUUCCUGCUGCGCAAAAGCACUGCGCAUUUACUCCAAGACUUUCAGACACCAGCUUCACCUGCGACCAGACACAAGGCGGAUUGUGCUUGUUGCUGCAGGAGCGUCAUUGAGAAGAAAGUGAACUUUAGGAGAGAUUUUGGGAGUCAGGAUGCGGGAUUCUGUGCUGCUGCUGUUGCUGCUGCUGCUGGUGGUGUUCGGGUUUCAGGAGGCGCGCGCGCAGAAACUCUCCGCGCUCACGUUCCUACGAGUCGACCAGGAUAAGGAGUGUAACACGGAUUGCUCCACUGCUCAACGUAAGCCCCUGUGUGCGUCUGAUGGGCGAACCUUCGCCUCCCGGUGCGAGUUCCAACGAGCCAAGUGCCGCGACCCCCAGCUGGAAGUGAUGCGAGGCUCAUGCAAAGAUACAUCGAGGUGUGCGGCUGAGAAGAAGUACACCGAGCAGCAGGCCAAGAAACUUUUCCCACAGGUGUUCGUUCCUGUUUGCAACCCGGACGGCACUUACAGCGAGGUCCAAUGCCACAGCUUCACAGGGUACUGCUGGUGUGUAUCACCUAAUGGCAGACCCAUCAGUGGCACAGCAGUAGCAAAUAAGAAGCCUCGGUGCCAGGGCCCUAAGCCUGAUAAGCCCACUUCUCGAGAGCCAGGAAAAGCAGUUUCCUUGCAAAUCUUUUCCAUUCUAAACGCAGAUGAGUCGGUCGUUCUCGUCGAGGAGACGCAGCCAACAACCGACGAGGAAGACUUGAUCUCACAGUACCCGACUCUAUGGACUGAGCAGGUACGCAGCAGACAGAACAGGACAAGAACACAAACGUCUUCUUGCGACCAAGAGCAGCUGACUGCACAAGAGGAGGAGAGGCAACACAAGAACGAGGCUGUCUUCAUACCAGACUGUGCCCAGGGUGGUCUUUAUAAGCCAGUCCAGUGUCACCCUUCUACUGGCUACUGCUGGUGCGUUUUAAUAGACACAGGACGGCCCAUACCUGGCACCUCCACCAGAUACGAACAGCCAAAGUGUGACGGCAAUGCGAGAGCACAUCCCAACAAACCCAAAGAUCUUUACAGGGGCAGACAACUUCAGGGAUGCCCAGGAAGCAAAAAAUCGGAAUUUCUGACGAGCGUUUUGGAUGCGCUGUCCACGGAUAUGGUGCACGCAGUUACCGAUCCAGCUGCUGCCGGCAGAAUGCCUGAACCAGACCCUAACCACACUCUGGAAGAGCGGGUGGUGCACUGGUACUUCAGUCAGCUGGACAAGAACUUGAGCGGUGACAUUGGCAAAAAAGAGAUCAAGCCUUUUAGACGUUUGCUGCGCAAGAAGUCCAAACCAAAGAAGUGUGUGAAGAAGUUUGUGGAGUAUUGCGAUAUCAGUAACGACAAGGCCCUCUCGCUACAAGAGCUGAUAGGCUGCCUUGGGGUCAUGAAGGAAGACGGGCCCAAAACAAGCGAUGGCACAACCUCCAGUAAACUAAACACGGUGAAAAAACAAGGCUGAGAUUAUUGUCCCUCGUCUCGUUGCGUUCCUGCCCCUACCAAACGGCGAUGGACCCCCAUAGUAUUUGCACUUUGUACUUUAAAAAAAAAGAUGUAAAUUCACUUUGUAGAAAGAAGGUAUUUAAACAGACUGCUGAACAUGUGAAUGAUGUUAGUUAGCUUUUUUAUGUCCUUACAAAAGAAAAAAUACAUUAAUACUUUAACACAUACAAUGUAUGUGUCCUUUGUAUGUCUGCAUUUCUGAGUUUGUAUGAAUUGUAUUAAGUUUUUUUUUUUACCUAUGUCCUGUUCAUGUGUUUCUUGUUGAAUAUUUUUGUUUCGUAUUGACACCAGAUUUACACAUAACUGGUGGAAGAAAAUAAUACAUUAGACACUUGUGCUUCGGUCGUGUACUGGCAGUUUUUUUUUUAACAUACGUAUCGAGCCUGAGACAGGCUUUGUCUUGAUUAGAAAUAAAGAUCUUAUAUACUUUUUGUUUUAUAUCAAUACACUGUAUAUAAUGAGUUGUCUGUGAAAUGUUUUUUUUGCUCAUAAUAAAGACUCUCUCCUAACUGA